AUGGAGUUCCUGGACUUGGAGAAGACGUUUGACUGGGUCCCCCAUGAACUGAUCUGGAUGUUUGUUCUACCCUGCUCGGCAUCGGGGCACAUCCUCGUGCCACACCGCUCGGCAGCCAAGUCGGCACAGGGCACCGCCUCGGCACGGGACAGUGCAUCGGGCACCACCCUCGGCCCACCGCAUAAGGCACACCUCGGAAUUCGGGCACCGCCUGGCAGUCGGGCAAAGCCUCGGCAUCGGGCCCCGACUCGACAACUGCAUCGUGGCUCGGCAGAAGACAUUGCUCUGAACCGCCUCCCACAGGCAUCGGGCACAGCCUCGGGCCACGCCUCCGGCAUCCAGCCACCACUCGUGGACAUUGCCCCUGGAACGCUCGGGAACGUCCUCAUGGAUCGGCAUGAACCCUCGCUAGAAUUGCGCUCCUCUGGACGCUCCUGUGCGCUGAUGAAGUCCUUGGAGCCCAUACUACCCACUGAAACCCUGUAUGAGAUUGGCGAUUUCCCACCCAUCUUAAAGCAGAGAUUUACAAGACCCUCAUACGGUCAGUCACACUUCACAGUUCAGAGUGUUGGCCUGCAUCCGCCAAACACCAGCAGUCUGGACCAUGUCAGGAAUGAAGACGUGCAGAAAGUACUGGGAAUGGCUCCAAUCAUAGAGAAGAUGAAAGAAGCACAUCUUUAUUGGGACAGCCAUGUCGUUCACAGCGGAGAAGAAUCAAGUGAUAGACAGCAUUGUGCCUUAGCCCAGAUGGAUGGCGACCACAUGUUUGACCAAAGAAGAGAUGAAUGGACUGAGAAAAAAAAGAAAAGAAAAUAUGAAACAAGUCAACACAGCCCCCGACGAUGCCCUAGACUGGAAGAAGUGGAAAGCGAAAUGCCAAUAAGCAGACCUUGCAACAGUGCAGUCUUGGCAGGUGCUGGGUUCAGCAGUGCUGUAGUACAGUAUGUGAGCAUCUCUGGGUCACUGAUGGUGCAGUCAGCGCUGGAGAAGAAUUGGAAUGAGGGAUUAAGAAGAACUGUUAGUGCUCCUCCAUCUGUCCGCUCCCUCAGGACACGUACAUUAGAAAGACCUGAGAAAAUCAAACAGCCCCAGUCUCUGGCUCUCAUAAGCCUGAAUCCCAGAGGUCUUUAAAGAAGGAAGAUGUACGGAUGAAGAAAACAGCGAGACGGGGAAGUCAAUACUGAGAAAUCAAAAGAAAGUUUACACAGUACAGUCUGGAGGGAAGUGAUACCUGCAGUUUAAAGCUCAUUCUGGGAUCGAAGGCUCACACAUUCUGGGGACCAAGAUUGGGCAAAAUACGAUCUUUAUGAAAUGACUUUGUCUUGAAGUUCAUAAUGGAAAAUUUGAAUUGAAUUGAUCACACAGGACUUUGAAUUGAAUUUGAAUGACAGCUGAAUUGAUUUACUGAAUUACAAUUAAAAGAAAUUCAAAAAAUCACAUAAUAGAAGAACUGAAUGUCAAACAAAAAAUUGACAAAAUAUAGAAGAUUAAAUCAUUAAUUUUCACUAAUUAUGUAUAUAUAUAUUUUUUGCAACUUAUUAGAAAUACAUUUCAACAGUAUCAAAAUAUGUGAAAAAAUUAUGUUCAAAAUUUAUCAAAAAUUAUGUGAAACACACAUAAUGCAUAAAUUCGCUGCUGGAAUUAAAAGUUUGGCGUAGCUAAAAUUCUAUAA